UGGUUUGGACAGGUUUGGAACAACUUAGGCCAGUGUGAGUCAGUUUUCGGAAUUCUUUCAAGUGCACGCGAGAGUUCGACAUCUCUCAAACGCGUGAGGAUGCUCACGUCUAUUUUACGCAAUAGCUCAGUGUAUUUGGAAAAGCGGUAGGCUAGUUCGUUAAACUCUUUCACUAAGGGGAAUAUUAUCAAAUUCUGUGUUUCCCAACUCAUUUUGGGAUGUGUGAGUGUGCUGACGGAAGGCGGGACAGGCGCGUGACAUCACUCAUCUCAUCUGUAUAAAAGCUCCAGCUGUGUCCGUGCGCUCGCGCUGUGAGGCUGCAGAGAGAGAGAGGCGCGCGCACGCUCGCUCGCUCCUUCAAACAAAGAGACCCGUCAACAUCAUCCACAGGGCACCAGCAGAACCCAUUCCAGCAAGGCCUAGAAGAAUCAUGACUGCAAACGGAACCAGCGACAUGCUCAAAAUCCAAUUCGGAUUGAUCAACUGUGGGAACAAAUACCUCACGGCUGAAACGUUCGGCUUCAAGAUCAACGCAUCAGCCACCAGCAUGAAGAAGAAACAGAUCUGGACCUUGGAGCAGAACGGCGACGACUCGAGCACGUUCUACCUGAAGAGCCAUCUGGGGAGAUACAUCGCGGCUGACAAAGACGGCAACGUGACGGGUGACAGCGAGACCCCGAGCGAGGACUGUCGGUUCGUGAUCACUGCACAUGAUGAUGGGCGCUGGUCGCUGCAGUCUGAGCCUCACAAGCGCUACCUGGGCGGCACCGAGGACAGAAUCACCUGCUUCGCGCAGACCAUCUCCAUCGCAGAGAAAUGGAGCGUGCACAUUGCCAUGCACCCCCAGGUCAACAUCUUCAGCCUCACUAGGAAAAGAUACGCGCACCUGAGAUCCGAGCAGAGCGAGAUCGCCAUUGACCGAGAUGUGCCCUGGGGCGUGGAUUCCCUCAUUACCUUGGUCUUCCAGGACCAGAGGUACCACUUACAGACGUCUGACAACCGGUUCCUGAAGAACGACGGAAGCCUGUCCCAAAAACCUGACAAGAACACGGGGUACACGCUGGAGUUCAGGUCCGGGAAGGUUGCCUUCAGAGACUGCACUGGAAAGUACCUGGCUCCCUCUGGUCCCAGUGGAACCAUGAAGUCCGGCAAGAGCUCGAAGGUUGGCAAAGACGAGCUUUUUGUUCUGGAGCAGAGCCACCCUCAAGUGGUCCUCACCGCUGGCAACGACAGGAAUGUGUCCACCAGGCAAGGCAUGGACCUCUCGGCCAACCAGGAUGAAGAAGGUGACCAGGAGACUUUCCAGAUGGAAAUCAGUAAAGACACAAAGAAGUGUGCCUUCAGGACCUGCACUGGCAAAUACUGGACCCUCACAGCUAAUGGUGGCCUUCAGUGCACUGCCUCGACUAAGUCUGCUAACUGCCACUUUGACAUUGAGUGGCGUGGGAAGAAGAUAACCCUGCGUGCCAACAAUGGAAAAUAUGUGGCUGCCAAAAAGAACGGACAGCUGGCUGCCACGAUUGACACGGCAGGAGAGACUGAGGAGUUCCUGAUGAAGCUCAUCAAUAGGCCCCUCAUUGUGCUGAGAGGGGAGCAUGGCUUCAUUGGCUGCAGGAAGGUCACCGGCACCCUGGACUCCAACCGCUCCUCAUAUGAUGUCUUCGGGUUGGAGUUUAGAGAUGGAGCCUAUAGCUUGCGAGACUCCACUGGGAAAUACUGGAUGGUGGGCAGUGAAUCGAACGUGCUCAGCAGUAGCGACACCCCGGUGGACUUCUUCCUCGAGUUUUGUGACUACAACAAAGUGGCCAUCAAGUCAACUGAGGGGAAGUAUCUGAAGGGCGAUCACGCAGGUGUUCUGAAGGCCAACGCCGAUGAUCUGGACACCUCCACUAUGUGGGAGUACUAAAAGAACUUAAGUAACCACUGUGGCUUUUGCUUUCCAUUUUUUUUCCCCUUUCUGUUAUCCAUUUUGAAUAUGGUUUUUGAAUACGAGUGAGCACACAGGCUAACAGGUGGAGGGUCAUACUUCUAGUCAUGUUUACUCUAUUCUGUCUAAAUACUUCAGAGGUUGUGAGCCACAGUAUUACCAGUGUUCACUGACGACGACUGGCCAAAACUGGGACUUAACUGGCAUCCAUAUUUGUUUUGUGUGGUUAAGCACAUCUAAUGUCAUCUCUAAAUCUGUCGUAAUAAUUGACUUGCAUUCAAGUCAGUUGGCUCUCUGGAAGAUCGACCACAGGAUCUUGAUUUUGACCAGAUUGUAGUGUGAUCCUUCUUCCUAGUCUUUGCACAGUCCUGUAUGAGCCUCACACUCUUAAUAUUAACACAUAGCGAAACGUUAAAGAAAACCUUGUGACUGUGAGCCAUUGAUGUAAUGCCUCCCACUGUAUUGCCAGUUAUAUGUACAUACCCUCAUGAUCUGAGGAUUUAGGCAAUAUUUACAGGUAAAUGUAUGAAUGUUGUUUUAUUUUUUCUUUUCAUAGACUUGACAGAGUUAUGAAGGAAGCUCUCAGAACACUGAAACUAGCGGUGAACUACACUGUUUUGUUUUCUUGUUUAAGUUUGGCUUUGAUUGUUUAAUGCCCCACUGUCUGCGUCAUUAGAAAAAAAAUGUUAAUGUUUAAAAAGAGGAAAAACCUAAAGAACUGGAUUUGUAUCAUACAGUCCCUAGUUUUAAAAUUAGGGUUACGCCUGGAAUUGCGAAUGGGCGGAAAAAAAUAAAUAUGGAUAUUAAAAUGGUAAACGUUUUCUGCAACUCGAAAGUGAUGUUAAUCGUUACGUUGUGUGCUGUAGCUGUGCGUGUGAAGAUACCGACGUGAGGUAUGUUGUUGCAGGUUCAACAAAGUAUUUAUGCUGAAUUAAACCACUUUUCCUUCUUAAACCUGACAAAUCUCAAAGGAAUGGUGGGUCUGGGUUCACUGGACUUGUGCAGUGGUCUAAUCUGGAAAGGUGUCUAAAAAAAGUCACCUAACAUAUAGAGUGUUGUUUUUUUUUAUGUUGAAGGCACAGACAUUAUCAUAAACCUUAUUCCUUCAUACACAUUACAGUACAUAAUGAAGACAUUAACACCAAACACCAGAUUGAUUGAAGAUUUAAACCUGAGGUUAAACUGGGUCUUAAUUACGUUUCAGGUGUGCAUCAAACUAACAGAGCCACUCUGAGCUGAACGCAGUAAGAACUUUAAAGAACAUUUAAGAACGAUCAUUUCAGAUGAUGAGGAUCAUUCUAAGGGAAUGAUAAUGACUGUGUCUUAAAAGGUCAUUAUGGGGGGAAGACAUUCCACAUUAUACUUUGUAAAGUCUUUACAGAUGUCUUUUUAUAUUGUUUUGAUAGUAUUGUUAUGUUUCCUCAUGUGCCAUGGGUACAAAUGAAAUCCAGAAAUAAAUAUGGUUUGAAUAUGAAA